UCCAACUAUGAACCCCUUCAAAGCUUCUGAUUCCUAUUCCGUGUCCGAGGGAAAGAAGAACCCUGAGUCCUUGCUAGACCCGGAGGACCCUGUCCUGGUAUCCGCCACCGUCACCGAGCAAAAUCCUAUCUUGCUAUCCGCCAACAUGACCCCGUGGAGUCCUGCCUUGGUAUGCAGCACCGUGACCCAUCGCAAUCCUACCCAUCAAACCACCCCCGCAACCCCACCUGAUGGCAGAAAAGUCGCGCGGAUCGCCCCUACGGGACCUUCCAUGAGAUCUGGCCCCGUCAACCCAUCGGAUGCCAGAAGAGGCGCACCGGCCCUUCCUCCAAGGAAUCCCACCAUGGGACCCACCCCCCAAGGGAAUCCGUGGGAAGCCAGGAGAAAUGCACGGGCUACGACACCGGAUAUUCCCUUGUACUCCGCCAAAUUCACCCCAUGGGAGGUCAGAAGAGACGCACCGGUCCCAAGGAACCCUGCUUGGAGAUCCGCCGCCCAGGGGAAUCAGCAGGGUGCCAGAAGAAACGCACCGACCCCAAGAAAUCCUGCUUGCAGAUCCAACACCCGGGCGAAUCAGCGGGAUGUCGAGAAAGACGAAUCAGACAGUGACCAGGAGGAGGAAGAAGAAGAUACCGUUACAAAAUGUAUGUGCUACUUUGCCGAAGUCACUGCUGUUAUAUUGGUCGUCUACGUCAUCGUAGCCAUCAUCUACUUUUCAGUUGAUCGUCACACUCGUUCCAGCUUGUGGUAAAGAUCGUUGAAGAGUGGAGGCUAG